ACAAUCAUAAGCUAACGUCACAAUCGUCGAUCGUUUAUUUUGUCACGGCUCACGUAUAUUUUAUAUUUUGUCUGCGUUAAUCUACUAUAUAGUAUAAAUAAUAAAAAUUAAUUAUAUUUAUCAACGUUACUCCCACUCAAAACAAAUAGCAUUUAACGAUUAACUUAAAUCAACCGAUUUGAACUACACACAAUGGACACUUAUGAAAGUGUGUUACUUGUUAAAAAUGAAGUUUUUGUAUUUAAAAUACCUCCUCGAACUACCAAUAGAGGAUACAGGGCAGCUGAUUGGAACCUACAAGAACCUCAGUGGACGGGGCGUAUGCGGUUGGUAGCGAAAGGCGAUGAGCUAAUUAUGAAGUUGGAAGAUAAAACAUCUGGCGAGUUAUUCGCGAAAUGUCCCAUAGAUAAAUAUCCUGGAGUUGCUCUUGAGUCUGUGACAGAUAGCUCCAGGUAUUUUGUUGUGAAAAUACAAGAUGAUAAUGGUCGUAGUGCUUACAUUGGCCUUGGUUUUGGAGACAGAUCAGAUUCUUUUGACCUUAAUGUUGCACUUCAAGAUCAUUUCAAGUACUUGAGGAAAGAACAAGAAUCUGACCAGGGGCAACAGCAACACCUUGAUCUCAGUUUUAAGGAUGGAGAAACAAUAAAAAUUAACAUGAAAAUUACGAAGAAAGAUGGCAGUGAAACAAGCAGACCCCGUCGCACAGGGGGUGUUGGUGGCGGUUUGUUACCUCCGCCCCCGGGUGGUUCCAAACUACCACCUCCACCUUCACCACAACAUGUGCCCACUCCAUCAUCAGCGAAUCCCACUGGGUCUAACACUGAGUGGGGUGAUUUCAAUUCUGCUGGAAGUGCAAGUCAAAAGCCAACAACCCCAGCAAAUCAACAAAACUGGGUUCAAUUUUGAAGUUAUCAAAAUGUUCAUGUAUGCUGUUUAGGAUGUUGCACAAUACUUACAUAAUUUACUUAACCAAUUAGGCUGCAGUUUCUAUACUUAAUUGAAAAAUAAUAAUUAUGUAAUGAAGUUCCAGUCAUCUAAAAAUUCUUCACAAACAGCUGUUAGAGUCUUGUGUUAUUGAUAUGAAUUUAUAUUGUAUAUUUUAACAAAUCUAAAUGUAAUGGUACUGAAAUGUUAUACUACUUACGUUGUAAAUCUGAAAAGGCAUCUUUAUGUGUCAGUUGUAAUAGGACAAUAUCAUUGAAAAUUAUUACAUUAUACAGUGACAACUGUAUCAACAUGUUUUUUUUUAUAUUUAAGGGAUUGGCUACCUACUUGUGUUUUUGUUUACUUAUAACUUUAAUAUUGUUUAGCAGGAAGUUUAUACCGAAUGAGAAAGGAGUAUUGAAGAAGUCAUAUGAAGGUAUGCAUUUUGUCAUGUGCAAUUAAUUAUUGGCCAUUAAGCCCCCUAUUGGAGUUUUUAAUUUAAUGCCAAUUUGUUUAUUAUAUUUUGUCACUUAAAUAUCUCUGAUCUGAACAUUUGUAGUUGUGUUAAAAUUGCCUUCAAUAAUAUAUUUUAUUUAACUUAUACCUGUUAAAAUGCGCUCUCAUAUAUUAUUUUCGAGUAUAUUGCCUUUGUUACAUAUCUCUAGAGUCUAGGCUUAUCACUUUCUAACUAGAAAUUUAAAAAAAUGUGAAAAUGCAAUAUUAUUCGCGAUUGUACUCUAAUAAUUAUUAACCAUUGGCAACUUGCAUAGUGUAUGUACUACUUAAAACAUACUUUGUUAAUCGUAUUGGUGUGAUUUAGAACAUAACUCUAAGUAUAAGAUGGCUCAAUGUGAAAAUUGAAACAUGAUUAUUGAUAUGAAAUUAUGAGGUUCUGGAUAAAAUGUCAACUAUAGCAGCUUUUGACUCAUAACAUAUUUUUGAAGAACAUUGAUGUGUAGAUUUUAAAUUUUAAUAUAUUUGGCAGUUAUAUGGAGUGGAGUGUGCUAUAUACCAGUAAAGUUAUCUAAUGAGAAUCAAUAUUUAGUUGCUGUUCUUGCCCAAUGAUACCGCAUUAGUUAUCAUUUGAGCAUUUAUGUGAUGAAUGUUGUUAAUUCGUUAGUAAAUGCGUCAUACACAGUUUUUUACCAUCAGGCACUUACUUCAUAGGCUAUUAUCGCAUAGUUAAAGUAUUAGCAAUUAGAUACAUAUUUUGUUAUUGUGUACAAAUGUAUGCAAUAGUGUGUAAUAUAAUCUUUAUCUGUAUAUGAUGUGUUACUCAUACCUUAAAUAAUUAUUAACUAUUUAGUUACUAUAUACCACUACAUUUCUGACUUUGGUUUACUUUCUAUACUUUAGAGAAUAGGUUUGGGCGUUUUCUAGUGCUAUUAAAAUUAACAAUCUCCAUAUGUCAUAUGUAGUAGUGCAGUUCAUUCUAUUUUAAUUGAUAUAUUAGAAAAAGCAAAUACGCUGCGAGUUGAGAACUACAAUCAUUUUUAGGAAUGUCGGUUUGAUUGAUUCGAAUACUUAAGUAGUCAGAAAUGAAGAGGGUUAGUAUCUUUUAAUUAUAAAGGGUAGCUGUGGUAGAUUGUUUUUGCUCUAAAUCAUAACGUUGAAAUGAUAAUUGUUACAAAGAACAGAUCACAGAUACACAUUUAUGUAAAUAGCGGAUAAGUGAAGAAUAAAGAUUAUUUAUAUUAUGUAUCUACAUCCUUUAUUUUCAUACAUAAAGUUGAUCUGUUCUUGGUGUUCUAUUUGACGAUGUACAAAAAUAAAUCAAAAACAGUUACAA